CCGUUUGGCAGUGCCAGGGGGGCUGCAGAGUGCGGGCACGGUGUCCGUGACCCGGAGUGCAGAGGCCUGGUUGGAAAGAGGCAGCUGUCUCGGCUCCCCCGCUCCCCAGGAACACUGCACCCCAUUUCCCUCCCACUCGGCCCCGGAGAAUCCGGAGGUGCUUGGACUGCGGGCAGUGAGAGAAGAUGAGCAGGGACCCAAGUGGAUGUGUCCCUCCCGAAGUGCCCCAUGCUGACGGCUCCUCCCUGCUGUUCCUGCCCCUGCCCUAGCUGCUGGUGUGAUGAGUAACACGACUGCACCUAGUGCCCCCAGGGCUGCCAGUGAUUCCAUGGUGGGCUAUGUGCUUGGCCCCUUCUUCCUCAUCACCUUAGUAGGAGUGGUGGUGGCUGUGUGUAUUUUAUCUUUAUUGCAGAUGAUGUACAUCCAGAAGAAGAAACGGGUGGACAGGCUCCGUCACCACCUGCUGCCCAUGUACAGUUAUGACCCAGCAGAAGAACUGCAUGAAGCUGAGCAGGAAUUGCUCUGUGAGGUGGGGGAUCCCAAGGUGGUCCAUGGCUGGCACAGUAGCUACCAGCACAAACGGAUGCCCCUUUUGGAUGUGAAGACAUAAUCUAAGGAAACAGCACACCAAAUCCUGGCCCUAUCGGAGAUGAUCUUUUCACUCCUUUAUAGAAGUCCAGAAUUGCUUAUUUCUGUUAUCUCUGCUGAAAAAGCCUCCUGGCCUCCCCUUUGCCCUACAAUAGACUACACAAGCCCUUAAUUGACCUGCUGGCUGGGACAGCUAUCCUUCAUUUAGGCUGGGAUCCCUCCCCCACCACCAAGGGACUACUCAACCAUUUUUCUUUCUCUGGCAAACCAUGAAACUAGGAGGGAAUAGGAUUUACUUGGACUUAUUGUACUGCUUCCCUUUCCCCCUCCCCCAUUUCAGCAUGCUCAAAGUCCUUGCUAUUGUUGAGUUCAGGGGAAAGGUUUCCUAGGGAUGGCUUUGUUUAUAUUAUACAGUAUAUAUAUAUUUUGUAAAUAAAACGUUUUGUGGAUGGGAGUGUGACUGAGAUAGUUCUGGAUGAGGAGAGCACUUCUACUUCCCAAUUUAAUCCCUCUUUCAGAUCCAGAAGACAACUUGCAAAAUGUCCACUUAAGAACACAAAGUAACCUAUGGCUACCUAUCUAAUACCCCCUAAAUAAGAUUACUUCAUCCAGAAAAAGGAGUUUAUUUUUAUUCAAGUAACUGCAAAUAGGAAACCAGAGUGGUGGGGCCUCACAAUAGUCUGGGACCACCCUUUUCCCCCACUUAGGCUGGAUCUCCUUCCCUUAACCCUCCCAACUUGAAGAUUAUCAAAGGAGGGACAAUAGUAGUGGAGUUGGGCAACUCCCCAACAAUGUCACUUUUUUAGUAAACUAGGCCUGGUGUCCACUAUUUCCCCAAGCCCUCCUUGUGAUGAUUUGGGGAAGAUGAGCAGGGUGGAUGGAGGAGAGAGAGAGGGCAGGUGAAAAUGAGAACAAAACCGCAUGGCUGAAUGUCUGGAAGCCACAGAAUCUAAGAACAAAACCAUUUAAAAAAGAAAACCAACAAAAGUGUUCAGAGGUAGAUUGUGAACGGAGAGAAGAUGUAACCAGCUCCUAGGGGGAGGGGGGAUGGCAUUCUAAAAGGGGGGAUUGGGGAAGGGAGGCUCACAGGGAGGAAAUAUCCUUGCUUUAUAAACCAAGCAUUUCAAAGGCAAAAAUCAAGAGGCCAAGAAAGGCCAACCCAAGAUCGGGAAAUUUAUAGGAUUGUCAAAUCCCCCUUCUCCCUACAUCUUCUGAGCAGCAAGGAAACAAAUUAAUCAGGCCCUCUCCCUUCCUCUUACCUCAACUACAAAAAUUGACACCCUAGGCCCAGCCCCAUUCCAGUUUGAUGCUCAGGAAAUGUCAGUGGGGAGAAGGCAGGAAGGUUAGGAUGGGUUUGGGGUUCCCCCUUCUAUUCCCAGAAAAAAAAGUCUGCUUCCACCUCCAUCCUUGGGACCAAUCUUGACUGGGUAGAAGGUAGAAAGAACAGGUGGUGGAGGUACAGAAUAUCCCCAGAGGUCAAUUAAAGUUGAGCUCUUGGGAUCAAGAUGCUCAAGCCUCUGUCGUUCCCUCUCAAAUUUUGGAUUGGGGUGAGGGUGGGAGAGAGGGAGAUGAGAAAUCAGGAAUCCUGGCUCCAUGGAGGGGUGGAGGUGGGGGGAAGACAAAAAAAAACAAACCAAAAAAACA